GUGUGGAUAGCGAGUAGAGACCAGAGGAGGGCAGCAAUACGCCAUAGAUGCGUCUAGAUAAGAAGAAGAAGAAGAUGACGGUGCCGUUUCGCAUGUUUUUCCGAGUGGUGUUGCCAUACCCCUGCAAAAGCUGAUGCUAAACGACUGUGUGUCUGCAAUGAGCAAGAGGAAGGCUGAGGAAGAGCAAACGAUGGAUGAUCCAGAGAAGUUGAAGCAGGCUCCGAAGGCAAAUGACAAUAUAAGUUUCACACCUGAACUGGUGCCUGAGGCUUGGAAGAGAGCAUACAGGUACAAGUGUCCCGGUCCAGGUGUGUUCCGGUGCGCCUUGACCGAAAUGGUGUUUGUGAUGGCUCAGGAGGCCGAGCUGCUGUACAGCACGGUCAUAUGGGAUGACAACAUCACCCAAUCAGCUGGCAAGAAGCGCGCAGGGCUGCUGUUCAAACUCACAUGCUCUGUGGAUGACGCCGUCAGUCAGAUCCACCUCCCACACUGCGAAACAGAGGAUGCGUUGGCUAUUGAAGGCCUGUUGUCUGUCGCCAACAUCAGCGACGAUGGAGUGGUCUUCUUGGAGCCGCUGGAGGUUACAGACACUCACGUGCUCGUGAAGGUCCCCAACCUCUCCACCUUUGGCUUGGUCCGGGACAUCAGAAGGUUUAUGAAGUCCCAACGGCUCGGAAAGGCCAAAGUGCUGCUGUUCCACCGAACUCCGUGGCCAAAUGUUGAAAUACUCGAUGUAAUAAUGCUGCCCUCCAACGUCCCUCUAACAGAAGUAAAGAGCGUCAGCCAACACCGAGAGGUCGAUCAAGUCGACGUUCCUCCCGAAUGUGUAAUCAGCUACGAUCAACUUUACUCUGUCCGCACUUCACCCGACGAGCACAAAACGCAGCCUCAUAAUGAAAAGUUUUGGCCUGACUAUGGACCAAAUUACCACUCGAAAUUUGAAAUUUUCCUAAGAACGAUACCAGAUAAAUUGACUGUGAUGAUAUCGGACCAAGCGAAGAAAGACAUCUGGAAAAGUGAAGUGCAUCUGCCAGGGAUGCUGUGAUUCAGUGAAGAUGAAGAUGAUAAAGGGAGAAGAAAACUGACACAAUGUCAGAGUGCUGUUCUUUGUUUCAGCCACUAGAUGGAGCUAGAGCAUUUCGAGUGAAGAUGAUGACAAAACUUUUUCACUUCCUUUUAAAUUUUUACAGCCUCUGAUUUAAUCAUUGCCUUAGAAAAAAUAAUAAGUGCACUUAGUGCAGCAUUGCUUUUUCCGGCUGGGGACCAUAUUUUUACAUUUAGACUUUAACAGUUCAUACUGGGGUGACAGACAUAUUCAGGGGGUAUAAGGUAAAAGGGUAAAAGCCCAAAAGAAAAAGCUUUAUUUAUUUUUAUAUAUAUAUAUAUAUAUAUAUAUAUAUAUAUAUAUAUAUAUAUAUAUAUAUAUAUAUAUAUAUAUAUAUAUAUAUAUAUAUAGCUGUGUAGGUUGACCGAAAGUUGUCUAUAGUUGUUGAUGCUGAAGGUUUUAAAUGAGCAAAAACCCUGCACAAACGUUACAGCUCUUCCAAUGUAAAAAAGCAGAUAUUUUGUAUUCUUUCUGAUUCCUUUCUAUUUUAGUUAUGCUUCUUGACUUUUGCACUACGUUCUUUGCUAUGCACCAAACCAAGACACAUUCCUUGUAUGUGCAAACCUACUUAUCAUAAACUGAUUCUGAUUCUCAAAUCAAA